AUAUGUGCGCGCGCACGUCUGUGUGUGCGAAGAGCAAAAACCAUAAGAAAAUUGCGUGGCACGAAAGGGGUGACAUAUCCAUUGUAUUUUACAAAGUAACAAAAAAAAAACUAUAAAAAUAAAGACAUAGCAGAUCAAUUUUCUCUUUCAUGGAUUUCCAAAUUCCACCUCAUUCAACUUUCGUCAACUGAAGCCCCAAUAUUAAAUUAACAAUGAAAGUUUUAUCCCAUAAUUUUGAGGCAUAGAGCAGCUCAAACUCAUUCUCAUCAUCACAACCAACAUCUUCAAACUCACUCUCACAUGCGAAAACUCGACCCAGAAUACAAAAUUUGAAAACCUAACCGAGACUCGAACAAGCACCCAGUGUACAGAGGUGUUCGCAUGCGAAAUUGGGGUUUUCAAAAGCUAAAUCCACGGCGGCUCAGGCCGCUGAUCAUGGCCGGAGCAGAAGCAACCCGGGAAAAAAAUGGGUUUGGUUUAGACAGAUCAUGAGCUUCUUGCUUUGCGUGAGAUGAAAGUAGAGAAGGAUCUUCGUAUUCAGAGCCUUUUCGAUUUGGGGAUUUAUCUAUAGGAGCUACUUUGUCGUUGGAUAGGCCACAAAUUCAAUGGUAGAGCUGCUAACGCUGUUCCCAUCGUCGUUGUCGUUUGUCUCUGUUGUGGUUGUCGUUGGGGCGAAGAAAACGCACUAGAGAUGGAUCCGAAGCUAAGAGAGGUUUCUCAGCUCUUCGAUCGCUUUAAGGCUGCGUUUCUCAGGAACGACUAUGAUACCUGUUCCAAUCUCCUUUCCCAGCUUAAGGUGUUGCUAACAGACUUCAGAAGCCUUCCACCCUUGUUUGCUGAUACACCUAAUGCCAUUCAUGAGUUGACAUUAGCAAGGGAUAUAUACGAGCAUGCUGUUGUCCUUAGUGUGAAAAUCGAGGAUCAGGAUGCCUUCGAGAGGGAUUUCUUUCAGUUGAAACCUUAUUAUACAGAUGCCUGUAACCGUCUUCCACCAUCUUCUCAGGAGUACCCAAUACUAGGUCUCAACCUGUUGAGACUACUUGUGCAGAAUAGGAUUGCUGAAUUCCAUACUGAGUUGGAAUUGCUUUCAUCCACCGCUCUAGAGAAUCCUUGCAUUAAGCAUGCUGUGGAGUUGGAGCAAUCUUUUAUGGAAGGUGCCUACAAUCGUGUCUUGAGUGCUCGACAGACAGUGCCACAUGAUACAUAUGUUUAUUUCAUGGAUCUUUUGGCUAAGACCGUCAGAGAUGAAAUAGCAGGAUGCAGUGAGAGGGCAUAUGACUAUAUUUCAAUUAAGGAUGCUAGACAAAUGUUGUUGUUCUCCUCAGACCAGGAACUCUUGGAAUAUAUUAAAGAGGAGCAUCCUGAGUGGGAGAUAAAAAAUGGUUGUCUCUUUUUCGAAAAGGCAAAAGAAUCUACACCAUACAAAGAAAUACCUUCUCUGCAACUCAUCAACCAAACACUUAGUUAUGCUAGGGAGUUGGAGAGGAUUGUCUGAAAAGAAAUGCAAUGGCUUUUGUGUCUCUAAAAUUUCUAGGUGUUAAUACUAUCUCAUGAAAUUGUUUAUUUCUGAUGCAACGCGGAACUAAAAAAAUUUUAGUCUCUCUAUUUUGGUCAUUUAGGUGGCUGUAUAAUUUGUUGGGAUAUUUUUUUAUUCCUAUAGUUGAGCUAUGGGAAAAUAGAAAAAAAGAGUAAAUAUCUUUUUUGGUCCUCAGAAAAUUUCACGAGGCCCGUUUUAGUCCCUAGCAAAUA